CUAACAACGUUAACGUGCGUAUUGUUAAAAAACUAAAAAAUAAAAGCUUUUCAAAUGUUUCGUCAGCUGAUGGUAGCGUCAAUAACAACAAUAUGAGUGGAUACUUUUGGGAACUGGUGGGCAUAAGCAGUGCGCUUAAAGUGUUACUAUUGCCCGCCUACUAUUCAACAGAUUUUGAAGUACAUCGCAAUUGGUUGGCUAUAACGCACAGUUUGCCAUUGAACCGGUGGUAUUUGGAUGCAACGAGUGAAUGGACCCUUGACUAUCCGCCUUUUUUCGCCUACUUUGAAUGGCUGCUCUCACAAGUGGCCAAAUAUGUUGAUCCCCAAAUGCUUAUUGUACAGAACUUAAACUAUGCCUCCGAAAAAACGGUUUAUUUCCAGCGCAUUUCAAUUAUUGUCAUGGAUCUGAUCUAUGUGCUAGGCGCACACCGUUGUAUGACCGCCCUUGGAGUCGUACAAUCCACACAGAAGCACAUUGCUGGCUGCAUGCUGCUCUUCUUGAAUGUGGGACUCAUUUUUGUGGAUCACAUUCACUUCCAAUACAAUGGAUUCCUAUUUGGCAUACUGUUCCUGAGCAUAGCUGCGCUGCUUAAGCAGCGGUACUUGUGGAGCGCGUUUGGCUUUGCCGUGCUGCUGAACUUCAAGCAUAUAUUCCUUUAUAUGGCGCCCGCCUUUGCUGUCUAUCUGCUCAAGUUUUAUUGCUUGGGCGAGGGGAAGUUUGUGCAGAAUACGGCUAAGCUGCUCGCUGCAGGACUGACACCAUUUGUGCUGUCCUUUGGUCCCUUCUGGCAACAGUUACCGCAGUUGAUGUCGCGCCUGUUUCCCUUCAAGCGUGGACUAACACACGCCUACUGGGCGCCCAACAUUUGGGCACUCUACAAUACCGCCGAUAAGUUGGCUGCCAGCGUCUUGAAAAGAAGUCGCGAUGCUGAUGCUCCCUCGACUACCUCAGGGCUGGUGCAGGAGGUGCAACACGUAGUGCUGCCUACGAUAACACCCUCCAUUACUUUCGCACUCACUGCCCUAUUUAUGCUGCCCAUUCUGCUGAAGCUCUACCUCACGCCAUCCAGAGAGCAAGCCAAGCUGGUGUUCAUGCGUUCCAUUGUCCUCUGCGCCUGCUCCUCCUUUAUGUUUGGCUGGCACGUGCACGAGAAGGCCAUACUCAUGUGCCUUCUGCCAUUGUGCUUGCUGAGCGUGCUGGAUCAUCGAGAUGCUAGAUUCGCAUACUUCUUGGGCAUCGCUGGCUACUAUUCGCUGUUUCCGUUGCUGUUCGAGGUCGAUUUGCUUGUGCCGCGCUACUCGCUGUACAUGUCCUACGUGGCCAUGAUGUAUGGCCAGCUGGAGCGCGUGUACAAGAGCAAGCCGAGCUUCCAUAUGCUCGAGUGGAUCUACUUCCUGGGCUUCAUAGCCAUUCCAAUCUAUGAGCAUAUAAUCAGUCGGCUAUUGGACCUACAUUUGUUGCUGCCGUUCAUGCCGCUGCUGCUUACCUCUGUGUAUUGUGCGUUGGGCGUGAGCUAUUUCUAUGUACGUUACUAUCUCUACGCCAUGGACUUCCAGUGGCCGCCGAGCUUUGGCAAACGUCGGCGUGUCACUCAAAUCAAAUCCUCAACGUCAAAACGAAAACGCAAAAUCAAAUAAAAAAUGUGUAUACAAGUAUGUAUGCCAGUUAAAGAGCAAUUGCAUUCGCUUGCC